GGGUAGUUGUUGUAGUGGUGUUGGGUCGGUAGGUUGAGUGUGAGUUUUGCCGGACGAUUAACAAACAAAUAUGACUUUUUACUAGCGAAGAACUCCACACAGUUGGACUUGUUGAGACGUUGUUCGAUUAGCCCAGCGGCGUUUCUUCAAAUUCACUGACAGCUGAAUUCUUUAAUGGCAACAUAGUCCAUCUCUAACCUAGAUUGGCGUCUGCUUGUUGUUUGGAUAUCUAAAAUGGCUGAUGCUCCCAAGCCUGUUAGCCUUAGCCCAGAUGACAACACUGCAACCAUCAAUAAUACUGUUAAUUGUGAAGUUAACUUGCCAAAGCCAAAUAAGUCAAAGAAGAAGAAAAACAAGCUCGGAGUUGCUGCACCUCGUCCACCACUGACAGGAUAUGUUAGAUAUCUUAAUAGCCGUCGAGACAACUUGAGGAAUGACAAUCCAAAUUUAACAUUCCCUGAUAUUACAAAAAUUUUAGCCCAAGAAUGGGCUAAUUUGCCCCCUGAAGAAAAAAGACCAUAUCAGGAGGCUGGGGAGCAAGAUAGGGAGCGGUAUAACCAUGAGUUUGAGGAAUACAAGAAGACUGACGCAUACAGGGAAUAUCUGCGUCAGCAAGAAGAAAAUAAACAAAAAGGGAAAGAAAAAUUAAAAGAUAAAGAACCUGAGCUAAAAAGAGCUAAAAUUGUCCCAGAACAUAAUGAUGAGAGUAACAGCAGUGGCUUUGACAUUCCAAUAUUUACUGAGGAGUUUUUGGACUUAAAUAAAUCUCGAGAAGCAGAGCUUCGACAAUUACGAAAAUCAAGCACUGAUUUUGAACUUCAGAAUGCCUCUUUAAGUCGGAUUGUGGAGAGUAUGAGAACUGCUGUUUCUAACUUAGAAAGUGAUAUAAGCACUCAACGUUCCAAUAAUUUGGCUCUUAGUCGUCACCUAGACCAGUUGCGUGCAUCCCUAGCUGCAGCUUUCCAUGCUGUAGCUCUUCCAGAUGCAAAUGAAAGGCCAACUGUAGAUAACAUUGACUCCUAUAUGCAAAAACUGCAUGGUCUUUUUAUGGGUUCAGUGGGCAACCAGCAUGCUCAACUUCUUGCAAGAGUGUCAGGCAUUGUAGAACGUUUAGAUCUGCAUGGCUGAUAUGAGAGUCAUGGAACAUUUUAAUGUUCCAAAUUCAUGGUUUCAGUAUUCUGAAAGGAACUUUAUUUGAUGGUGCCAGUAUGAGCUGGGAAAGCUUAUAAAAGUGCUGCAGGAGCAAGUUCUUUUAUUUUCCAAAGUGUUUUUCUAUAAUGAUUGCCUACAAGCAUAUGAACUUUGUACUGUAUCUAGUUAUGACUUCUAUUUCAAUAAAUUGAUGUGAUUUGGAAAA